UAUCGCCACAGCAAUUUUCAUAAUAUUUACCGUCGCAUCGCAUUAAAUUAGUUCAUCAAUUACUUAAGCAAAUCGCCAAAUUAAAGCACAACAAGCACUUCCCAAAAUCACCCAAAGCCGGAGAAUGUAAAUAUGUUAAAUUACAUCAAGAGGCAAGCCAGCCGCCGUCGCAGCAGCCAAGAUGCCACGGAUGCCAAUUGUGGGCAUGCAGCAGAUGAUGUGGACACCACCGAUGGAGUUGUGGCCCACAAGCGCCACUCCCUGCGCUCGACAACCAGUUUCUGCGACGAGGUGUUCCUAGAGGCGGAGGAGGAGGGCGGAGAGGGGGUCGUGGGACCCGGCGGAGGAGUGGGUGCCCUCUCCGAUGGUAUCAGUCUCACCAGCAACGAUGACAUUUUCUCCUACAACUCGCGCCUUUCCAUGAACCUGACUUCCAUUGUCAACGAUCCCAACUGCCUAAGCUUUUUUGUGCAGUAUCUGGAUACCCGACAGGCCCUGCCCCUGAUUAAAUUUUACUUGGACAUCAAGAACUUUAAACGGGCGGCGCUCUCACAGGAGAGAGAAGAACCGGAGGAGCCUCCUAGGAAGGCGGAACCGUCCUCUCCGCACAAAGAUGACAAAGAUGUACCUGAACUGAAGACGCUGUGCGAUCUGUCCAUGCGGAAACCCCUCACGGACGACGAGAAGAGCCGCAUUUAUGCGGAGACCAACAAGCAGAUCAAUAGACAGAAGUCUGGAACGAAUUCCGAACUUUCCCGGGCCAGCAUCAGUGAUGCCAUUGCCAUUUACCAAAAGUAUCUGAUAGUGAAUGCAAGCUUGCAAGUGGACCUUCCCAUCGUCAUACUAGCGCACAUAUCUCUUCUCCUUUGCGGGAGGGAUAAAUCCGAGUGUAGUAAACCAAUACCAGCCAGCUGCUUUGAUGAAGCCAUGGAGUUUGUGCUGGAGCAAUUGGAGCGGGAUCAUGUGCAGGGAUUUCUCCAGAGUGGCUACUAUUCAACCUACUGUUUGGAGCUGAUCGAAGGCGGUUCGAUUAAUAUUUACGAUGUUUUGAACAGCGAACUGGCUUUAUUUUACUUCACCGAGUACCUGGAACAGCGGCAAGAGCGGGAAUGCCUGGAGUUCUGGAUCACGGGCAUAAACUUUCGCAAGAGUUUUGCGUCUGGCGAAGAGAAGGAGGAGGAUAGCAAGGCGGCUCAGAGCGAUGCCAUGAUCAUAUACGACAAAUACUUCUCCCUGCAAUCAGAGUGUCGUCUCUGGAUGUCCCAGAAGCUGCGCUUGCGGGUGGAGCAAGCCAUCUGCGCUCCAGGCGAACAGUGGCAAGCUUUCGAUUUGGCCCUCUUGGUUACGGCCAAGUAUCUAGAGCAAAAGUACUUUGCUGACUUUUUAAAGUCGCAUAUUUUUGACAACUAUGUAAACGAACUUAAGGUUAAACGAGAUAACUCUACUCCUCACGCGAAUCUUCAACAAAAACUAAGCCUGCGAAGACCUGGAAAAACAACGAAUGCCCAGCAGCGCCAUAGAAAAACACUAUCCAUGUCAGACUGCACACAUAUUUCGCAGCACAAUACUUUGCUGGCUUCCAUGGAUCAGAUGCCAUCGAAAACAUCGAUUAAUCAUCAGUCUGGAAACCUCAACAUCGAUGCCAGGCAAUUGACGAACCCCCAGCUUCUUUGGCAGCGUCCAGUGGGAGCACUUAAAUUCGGCUUUGUUAACUCCCUGGGACGUUAUGAGCGAGACUUUGAGGCCGUGGAUGCAGUGGCUAUCAAAUCGCAACCAUGGUCACUAAGUGUCAGCGGGAACAAAAUCAAAAACGCAAUGCGAAAGCUUGUGAAUCUGCCAGAGGAUAAUGUGCAAGAGGAGAUCGCCUGGCAGGUGGCCGAGAUGAUUGUCAAGGAUGUUACGAGUGUCACACUCAGUGGCAAGAUUCCGCCGCUGGCCUAAUGUGCUUCACUAUUAUGGAAUUUAUUUCUGAUCUAAUUCUAUUUAAAAAUUAUUAUUUUUAUGCUCAAAUGAAAGCGAGAAUCUCCCCGAAGAGUGCACAACUUGAAGUCGCAACAGAAGCUCUCUACACUACUCUAUCUUAUGUACAAAAUAUGUUGAACAAAUCAAAAAUAUUAUCUUAACUUAUUUUCGUUAAUGCUGUGGGCUUUGAAAGCUUAUUAUUAACUAAACUAUCGCUCGCUCAUUUGUUAUUUUUCGCAACAAAACCCAAUUCUCAAAUAUAAAGCAGAAGCUAAA